AGAUCAUGGGUUCUUUACCUUUAAUACUCUUAUCACUGCUGCUCCCUGGAGCCCUCGCCAACGUGUACAGUUGCGCAGGAUCCGUGAAAUCCACGUCACCGGUCGACUAUUCCCAGUUGAAGCUUCAGGUUCGAUUGCUGACACUGGAAGGGCAUAUGAAGCACGAGGAGGAGGUGAAUCCGUCAAAUGGGUAUUUUAUGAUUCCGGUCUACAAUAAGGGACAUUAUACGUUGAAGGUCUCCGCGCCAGCUGGAUAUUAUUUUGAGCCCGACAGCAUCGAGAUCAAGAUUGACGGAAAAACCGACGCGUGCUCCCUAAACGAGGACCUCGUCUUCCACUUGACCGGCUUCUCGGUUCGUGGAACUGUUGAUGGUGCCGCCGCCGGUCUUCCGCUUGUUCUGACUGAAAAUGGAAAGCAGAUUGCUGAAACUAAGACUGAAGACGGUGGAAAGUACGAGAUGAGAGCCCCACCAGGAAAGUAUGAAGUGUCGACUGGAGCUGGAGCGUCGGAGUGCAUUUCCAAGGGCAAGACUUCGGUGGAGGUGAAGAACGCGCCAGUCGUGGUUACGCCGAACUUCAAAAUUUCCGGAUAUCAAUUGGAGGUUCACACGAGGACGGAGAGCAUGAAUCCAUUUGUUGAUGCAGUCAUGACACUUUAUGCUACUUCUUCCAUUGAUCUUCCAAACAUCAAAUGCGUGGGAAGCGAAGGCUCGCUGAACGUGCCGAGCACUCACAACGUCAAAUGCUCAAUUGGCAAGACUGAUCCACGUGGACGACUCUCGGUGGCAUGUGUCCCGUCUGGUGAAUACUAUUUGGCUGCUUCUCAUGUCAAUGGCCCAAAAUCGAUCAACUUUUCGCCGAAUCCACAAAAAGUUGUGGUUUCCCAGGCGGCUAGUGAGGCCCGAUUUGUUGCUCAAUCCGCAACUGGACGAGUUCGUGUCACCUCCAAAGACUUACCACUUUCUGGUGUUGAAGUUUUGGUGAAUGAGAAAUCUGGUGGAAAAACCGAUUCUCAGGGAUAUUUAAAAAUUGAGAAUCUCAAGGAGGAUGAGCACACCACUAUCACUGCAAAAGCUCCAAAUACCCAGUUCUCCACAGUACAUGCUAAUGUGAAAUUCCCGAAAGUUGAGAUUCAAGACGUCACUGUUCAGAAGUUUGAUAUUUGUGGUCAAGUGGAAAAAUCUGAAAAUGGAGUGCUCGGAAAGCUCACAUUCACUAGAAAAGACGACAAAAGAUCCCUGGAAAUUCAGCCGAAAGCUGAUGGAUCCUUCUGCCAACCAGUGAGCCCGGGACUCUUCACAAUCGAGCCAACAGAUAAGACUUCAUCCCUGACGCCACGUCUUUUGGAAGUUGAAGUUUUGAAGAACGCUGUUACCAAUCUGAGAUUCACCCACUUCAAGACCAACGCCAAUGUUCAUCUAUCAUGUAUCGGAGCUUGCCCAACAGCUACAGUAUCCUUAUUCCUUCCCGGUCAGACUCUGGUGAGAAGUGUCAAAGGAACCGAUGUCUUCACAUUUGAGAAUAUCGGACCAGGAACCUAUAGUGCACGAUUGGAUGAUAAUGGAAGAGGAUGCUGGGAGAAAUCGGAGAUGACUUUGGUUGUGGAGCAGAGCAAUACUCAACCGACGAUUCACUUCAAGCAGAAUGGAUUUGCAGCUCAGAUUGAGAUCUCGCAUCCGGCAGAAAUUGAAUGGUCCAACGCUGACAAGAAGCAACUAAAUGGAAAAACCUCCACAAAAGGCGGAGAAGUCAUUUCGAUUUGUGUCCCAACUUCUGGUGUCUACGAUGUUUCCCUCGGAUCUUGCUACAAAUUCGAGAGGCAACAGUUCAAGUUGACAGUUCCAUUUGAUGGAGUUCACAAGGAAAAGGCGGUGGCUGCACGAAUCUCUGGAACUAUUGAUUUGGAGAACGACAAAAAUGCGGCCGUCUCGAUUCGAAUCAAGUCUAGCGCUGGAGAUCGUGAAAUUCAAGUUCCUGCCUUGGAUAACGGGCGGUUCACUUUUGAGGAGCCACUGGCGUCAUCUGGAGAACAGUUGGUGAUCGUCCCAUCUUCGAAGCUUCGUCUCUUCGAGCCAACAUCAAAAAGUGUUACUGUAACUGGAAAGUGUAUUGAAAACGCUGUCAAGUUCAACUCGUUCCGCGGAAUUUUCCUCGACGGAUCUAUCAAACCAGCUGUGGAGAAGGCUGUGGUGAAGGCGGUUCUCAAGAAGGACAAGGAUGUGGUCAUCGAAGCGAUUUCCAAUAAGGAUGGAGCAUUCAAAAUCGGACCAGUCAAACGUGUUGAGGAUUAUGACAUUACCGCCACCCUCGAUGGAUUCAAAUUCACUCCAACAUCCACUCCAGGACACUUCCAAUCCGUAAAACUCUCCCAGCUAUCCAUCAAAGUCGUUGAUGAAGUCACCAAUGCUCCACUCGAUGGAGUUCUUUUGUCUUUGGUCGGUGGAAAAGGUGCUGGAUCUGACUAUCGAUCAAAUAAUGUCCUCGACGAGACGGCUCACAAGAACUAUGUAGCAUUGGCUCCAGGAGAGUAUUUUGUUCGAGCAAUCCUUCAGGAAUACAAGUUCUCACCGUCAACAUCCACCAUUGUUGUCAAGGAAGGACAACACGAGAAUGUUGUGCUCAAGGGAAAACGGGUGUCAUUCAGUGCCUAUGGAAAAAUGAGAGAAAUGUCUGGAGAUGCGAUGAAGGAUGUGAUCAUUGAGGCUCUUUCCGAAGGUUGUGAUCUUCAUCAGUCUGAAGCCACCACCAAGGAAGAUGGUACCUACCGUAUCCGUGGGCUUCUCCCGGAUUGUGAAUACCAAGUGCAUGCUAAAUCCUAUGCCGAUGGAUCUCCAGCUCCACACAGCUUCCCACGAAGCUUCACCGUGUCGAUGACAGCGGAGGAUGUGAAGGGACUCGAGUUCAUGGCCACAAUCACCGCUAAGACUACCGACAUUGCUGUGGAAAUCGGAAUGGACACGCUGCCAGAAAUCCAGUCGGUUCGAGUUGUGAUCACCAAGAACAACAAUGAUCAUGUCCAAGUGGCGAGCGUCGUUGCUCCACAACAUCUUCAUUAUCUCGUGAAUCUUCCAAGAGAUGGAGUUGAAUAUGCGAUUCGUGUUGAAGCUGAGAAACCUCCACAGGCAUUCGCCGCCAAAACUGUCCGAGUUGUGGCUGAUCAAGCGAUGAAGGUCGCCCGUGUCCCUCUGACGUCAUCGAAGCGAGCCAAUGACGUGGAUAUCAGCGUUGGAACAUUCCUCUCAUUGCCAUUCUUUGUCACACUUGCUCUGGUCUUUUUCAAUCAGAACCGCGUUCUGGAGCUGCUCGGAACCUUUAUCGACUGGGCUCGCAACACAUUUGCUCCAACCGCUGAUAAUCAUCAUAGAAAACGUAAAUAAGUUUCCCACUAGUUAUUCAUUUUUAAAAAUAUUUUCCCUGCUCCUUUCAAAUUUAUCAUUUUUCAUUUCACAAGCCAAACACACCAUGUUGUUCUAGUUGUUUAACUUUCGGUUGUUCCAUUUUUUUCCUAUUCAAAAUGUUCCCCUCUUUUCCCCAUCAACUCGCUCCACUUUUUUCGUGUAUUUAUUGAUAUUCUCAAUUCCAGAAAAGAAACAAGUUAUUUAUUUACUUUAACUUAUAUAAAUGUUGAAUUAUCCUAUU